GAGAAUGGCAGCUAAGGUGAAUGGCAGUUCAGCUCUGGUUAAAGAGGACGAGGAGCCCAUGGACAUAACUGUAACACACACAGAGCUCUACCAGACCCUCAUAGACGCAGGCCUUCCACAGAAAGUGGUGGAGAGCCUGGAUAAGAUAUUUCAGACUGGUAAGUGCAAGGGGGGUUGUUCACAGUACUACUUGAUGGCAUUUCAUUAUAUUUCUGCAAGCUCAAGAGCACUGUAUCAACCGAAGGAUUCCACCUUGGUCAGUGGUCAUAUGAUUUAAGUCACUUUGAGUAAAGGGGGCAGUAUGUGCAUAGCUGUGCAAUGGUGACAUGCUGAGCGACAUCAUGUUUCGGUGGCUCUCACAAGGAAUAUAUGACUCUUAUCAAAUGUGACCCUAUAAGUAGAAUUUCUCUCUGUCUGUGUGUAUAAUAAUAAAAUAUUAUGUGGGUUUUUACAUUUGUAGCUAUUUCACACAUGUACAAGUGUGUGUUAUAUGUGUGAAUUAGGCUUUUGUUUUUUGCAUAUCCCACACCCUGAGACACCUGGCUGUGACCCCACUCUCCAACGGUAUCAGCCAUUAUUAAUGGAGACUCUGGAGCAAUUAGGGUGCCUUGCUCAAGGGCACCUCGGCAGUUUUUUCAUCGUCUCGGUGAUUCGAACCAUCGACCUAUCGGUUACUGGCCUAGCGCUAGGCUACCUGCCACCCAGUGUGUGUGUGUGUGUGUGUGUGUGUGUGUGUGUGUGUGUGUGUGUGUGUUGUCUGUGCAUUCUAGGACUGGUGGCUUACACUGACCUGGACGAGAGAGCCAUUGACGCCCUCAGGGAGUUCAAUGAGGAGGGAGCCUUGUCAGUGUUACUGCAGUUCAAGGAGAGUGACCUGUCACAUGUGCAGAACAAAAGUGCGUUUCUCUGUGGCGUGAUGAAGACAUACAGACAGCGAGAAAAGCAAGGAAGUAAAGUUCAAGAAUCCACAAAGGGACCUGAUGAGACUAAGAUAAAGGCUCUUCUGGAAAGAACAGGUUACACUUUGGAUGUCACCACAGGACAGAGGAAGUAUGGGGGGCCUCCACCUGACGAGGUGCACUCAAGGGCCCAGCCUGGAAUCGGAACAGAGGUAUUUGUUGGCAAGAUCCCCAGGGACCUGUAUGAGGAUGAGCUGGUCCCUCUGUUUGAGAAAGCCGGGCCUAUUUGGGACCUGCGUCUGAUGAUGGACCCCCUUCUCUCGGGUCAGAACAGAGGAUAUGCCUUCAUCACCUUCUGCAAUAAAGAUGCUGCCCUAGAGGCCGUCAAGCUUUGUGAUAAUUAUGAAAUCCGGUCAGGUAAAUACCUGGGUGUCUGCAUCUCUGUCGCAAACAAUCGUCUGUUUGUUGGGUCAAUUCCAAAGAACAAGACAAGAGAAAGCAUAUUGGAAGAUUUCAGCAAAGUCACAGAGAGCCUCAUGGAGGUGAUACUCUACCACCAGCCAGAUGACAAAAAGAAAAAUCGUGGCUUCUGUUUCUUGGAAUACGAGGACCACAAGUCUGCAGCCCAGGCCCGUCGGCGCCUCAUGAGCGGCAAGGUGAAGGUGUGGGGGAACCCUGUUACUGUUGAGUGGGCAGACCCAGUAGACGAACCGGAUCCAGAGAUUAUGGCAAAGGUAAAAGUGCUGUUUGUGAGGAACCUGGCCACACCAGUCACAGAGGAACUCCUGGAGAAAACCUUCUCCCAGUUUGGGAAGUUGGAACGGGUCAAGAAGCUGAAAGAUUAUGCCUUUGUGCACUUUGAGGACAGAGAUGCUGCCGUGAAGGCAAUGCAAGAAAUGAACGGCAAAGAAUUGGAAGGCGAGGAGAUAGAGAUUGUUCUGGCAAAGCCUCCGGACAAGAAGAGGAAAGAGCGGCAGGCCCAGAGACAGCCAUCCAGGACCACAGGGUAUGAUGAUUACUACUACUACUAUCCUGCUCCACGCAUGCCACCUCAAAUGCGUGGCAGGGGGAGAGGCGGGAGAGGUGGAUAUUCAUACCCACCGGACUACUACGGUUAUGAGGAUUACUACGAUGAUUACUACAGCGGUGGUUACGACUACCAUGACUACAGAGGUGGCUACGACGACCCUUACUACGGUGGUUACGAUGACGUCUACGUGCCGAGAGGAAGGGGCAGGGUGAAUCGAGGUGCCCCCCUCCCUGCCAGAGGCCGAGGACCACCACCCCCUCGUGGCAGAGGUGGCUACGUCCAAAGGGGGGCUCCUAUGGGCGUACCGAGGGGGAGCCGUGGGGGCCGGGGAGGCCCGCCCCAGCUGCAGAGGGGCCGCGGCAUCAGAGGGGCCAGGGGGAACCGCGGGGGCAAUGUGGGGGGGAAGAGGAAGGCUGACGGUUACAACCAACCAGACUCCAAGCGCCGGCAGACCAACAACCAGAACUGGGGCUCCCAACCCAUUGCCCAGCAACCCCUGCAACAAGGUGGCAACUAUUCUGGUAACUAUGGUUACAAUAAUGACAACCAGGAGUUUUACCAAGAUUCUUAUUGGCAACAAUGGAAGUAGAUAAAAAAAUGAACUUUUGAUUGCCUGUAUGUUAGAGCUGGGCGAUAUGGACAAAAAUCCAUAUCACGAUAAAUUGACCGAAUUAUCAAGAUAACUAAAUUGAACGAUAUGUUUAACUUUAAAGGUCCAAUGCAGACGUUUUUAUCUCAAUAUCAAAUAAUUUCUGGGUAACAAUUAAGUACUAUACUGUGAUUGUUUUCAAUUAAAAUGGUCAAAAAGAAACAAAAAUAGCUUCUUAACAAAGCAAUUGUCAAGCAAGAAUUUUGCUAGGACUGUAUGGGAGUGGCUGUUAUUGGCAGAGAGAUUUAAAACUUUUUAUUGGUCUAUUAACCAAUUUACAGGCAGGCCAAAACAUUUUACUUUUCAAACAGCUCUUACACUAAAAUGGCAUUAUCAUAAUUUUCCCUGUAUUAUUCCAACUUCAUAGUAUGGAAAUGUAUGUGAAACACAGCCAAAUCGCAUUUUUAGACUGCACCGGGCCUUUAAUGUGCACCACAUGUUUCGAUAUUACCCUUAAAACUGCUACUACUACUUUGAAUGAUAUACCUAUCAAUUUUCCCAUUAACAGUAACCCAUAUAUCAUAAUCAACUAUAGCAGCAAAAUGUCCACGAUAAGUGGACGGUGUCGAUAAUUUUCAGUUUAUCGUCCCAGCUCUACUGUGUGUAUAUAUCAACCUUCACAUUCUAAGGAAAUAGUAACAAAAAAUGCAUGUUUAAAUUGGCUAAACAUUACCCUUUUUGAAAUAUAGAUUGGUUUCACUACAGUAACCAAUAUGGAGCAAAAGAGUACAUAUCAAAUAAUUUGCUUAAUUUGUUCUAAUCCUUUUUUGCUUUUCUUGUGGCUACUUGGGACAUCUUGGGCUUAAAAAGCAAGCCAUUUAUUUUAUUAUUUUUAAAAGUAAAUUAUCAUUUAUAUAUUUUUUAAGUUGGCAUUUAUAGGAAAAAGUGGACAAUCAUUUAAAAAAAUAACAAUUAUUUGAGAAAGCAUAUGCAAUCAUGAGAACUAUUCAGUGACUGGCGACCAACCCCUUCCCAGAACCCCCUCCUUAUUGGACAUUUUCCUCCCCUACCUCUGAUAGGUAGACAUAGGACAUUGCUUGUACAAGGCUUUAAAGUGAGAGCUGUUGCAGAGGUGGGUAAAAAAGGAAAAUUAGACUUUUUCAUCUACCGUAACAGUUGCGUUAAAGUUGUAUGUUUAGCAUUUGUUGAAGUAGACAAACUUAUGUUUUUCUAAAUGUGUCACUAUAACUUCAACUAUUUUCUCUCAAAUUUCCCCUUUUAGAUAAUGGGUCUGGCAAAACCUUAAUCGCCAAGACAAUUUGUUCUUUGUUGUGUUUGUAUUUAUAAAAAUGUUAUUGUUACCUUUCAAUAAAACUCAACCAUACUACAAUGAA